UAUUCUAGUUACAGUAGCUGGGUUAUAAAGCGUUCUCUGAUUUAUAAUGAGCAAAGGUUUUGAGAUGAACUACGAAACUCGAUUAAACAACAGAGUCGACCUUGAUUUCCCCACCUGGUUUGAGACUGAUCGCAGCCAGCAGAAUGUAGUCAAGUUCACACUUCUGUCACAUUGGUGCUAUGUCAAAGGAGCAGUUAUAAACAAGGUAUGGCAAUGGGCUCCAGAGAUCUUCGGGGAGUCCAGGGAGUUCGAGCUCCUGGACAUCUCACAGCACCUGAUGAGGUCUGAGAUAUCGAACUCGUUCUUCUGCAACCCCUACAACAAAAACGACUUCACACAAAGCGAGGUCAAAGUUCUGACCAGAAGGGAAAUCAACCAAUCAAGAGAGAUAACAACUCUCAACUUCGUAUUUGGACUCCCAAUGACUCAGGUGACUUACGGAAAGGCGACCACCGAGACAAUAGUGCAUUGUCUGACUGUUGGUACACAACUUCUGCCACCCGACUUGGAAGAGAUCUUCCUGGCCAAUCAGAACGCGAUUGUGAGUCACUGCAAAGUCAUCAUCGACACUUUCGUCAAAAAAUUCCCCGAAGACAGCAAAGUGUUUCCGAAGGAAAUACAACCCGCUCAUUACGAGUUUCUAAAAGAAGAAGUGCGCAAGGUGAUGGGGGACAUAGAGUCCAUGGCGAGCAAAUCACACUUUCAACUGGCCGAGGAGAUAAAAACAUAUCAGUUGCCACUCUUGAAGGAGUUCGAAGACCGCGGCGGCAGAUUGAAGCCUUUCAUCAAACAGGCCCUGUUCAGCCACUUCCGGUCGGCAUUCAACACCGUAGUGCUCGGAUCGGAGAGUUCAAAGGUCAACUCUAUGGUCGCUUUCCUGCAACAUUAUCUGCUGGAACACGAACAAGACUGCAGAAGGUUAUUCGACGAAUCAAUCGCAGACCUCGCCCUGUUCAGCCACUUCCGGUCGGCAUUCAACACCGUAGUGCUCGGAUCGGAGAGUUCAAAGGUCAACUCUAUGGUCGCUUUCCUGCAACAUUAUCUGCUGGAACACGAACAAGACUGCAGAAGAUUUUGUCUCAAGGACAACCACGAGCGAAUCAUGCCAUUUCUUCCAUUGCAGGGAAUCAUUAGAGCCGACUCUCGCAAGGGAAUCUUGGGAAGUAUGGAGGAACUCUUUGACAGAAGCAGCAAUGCGCCCAACAGCAUGCUAAUUUUCUACAGCAAGACGCCACCUGUGAUUGUGGACGUGGACCGUCUCUCCUGCUGGCACGUGUCCAGUCUCAGAGAGUGGAGCGACAUGUGUGAGAAUGUUCGCAACAACACCAAGCAGAAAGGGUUGCCGCCUUCGAUGCCGUUUAAAGAGCAAAAAAGAGAACACAAGAACAAAGAAGUAGACACCCACCCCUGGACAAAUGAACACGUCGAAAGAUUGAUGCAGCUUCCUGAGAGCAUGAAGAUUCCCUACAUGCGAGAAUUCCGGAACCUAAUGCUACGCAAGGCGCUCCUGCUCAAACGCCCAGUACUAGAGCACAAGCAGAAAGUCGAAGGAGUUCAGAUUCAGAGCGUGAAGAAGCUCUGGUGGAUGGAGGAGCACGACAACCCAGUUCACAACAAGGAUGUGGCCCUCGACACAGAACUGUUGGCAGGAUGGCUAGAACAUGUCUGCCCCACCCUCGGCCUUUACACCCUCCGAACACUGCCAGGCAAUGCCAUCUUCGAAAUCAAUAUGUAAAUUUGGCAAUGCGUCUAGCUUGAAGCAGUCUCCUUCUCUAUCGGAUGAUCUCAACUGCAUGUCAAAACUAAGGAAAAACUCAAAUGUCUAAAACCUAGUUAAUAAAUUUUACUACUUGAUUGCAAUAAUACACGUAUAAAAACACUAGUUAAAUCGUACUAAUUGAUUGCAAAAAUACACGUCUAAAAACUAUUACAAAAUGAUAAAACACAAAGUCGUUCACGCUGGAAUCACACUCAAAUACAGUUCGAUAUGUUUUUUUUCAACACCCAUAUUCAGUUCACUUUUGAGCUAUCUUGUUCGAUUGGGUUUGGCACAAAUAACCUGAAGAGAUGCAGAAAUAUUGCGAGCGAAGCUGUGCCUAAAGAGGCUGCCACGACUGAUAUUGCGAUAAAAAUAAACACGAAGAAGGCUCCGAACACGAAAAACGCCCCCUCCACAAAUACUAUAGAGCACAAAGCUACAAAUAGAGAGAAUACAAUAAAUGUGAAAGUAACAAAACAUGGCACCACUGAGACGGCUAUCAUGAUGCCGAAGAAGACGGCUGUUAAAACGUGGUCGCCAGCCCACAUUCGAAUGGAUUCAAGAAUGACAUCUAGAUUGGAAGAGCAAAGUGAUUUGGAGUUACUAUCACAAUGUUUCAAGUUGUGUUCGUUUCCAGAAGAUCGUCGGCUCAUUCUC